GCACUCGGUGAUGUUUGAGUGAUGGUGUGUGAGAGUUUGCGUUCUGAUUCUGCUCCAUGAGAGAGGCUGUCCUGUGAAUGUCUGGAGCCGCCCACCCAGCCGUCUGGCUGCCAGAUGUACAGUAUUUCUCCCUUGCCCCCCUCAAGAGCUGCUAUUUCAACUCUGCCACUGUGAGAAACGAAGAAGAAAGCCAGACGACAAAAACGUGUGGCCUUUUGUCUUUUACUGUUCGGAAAAUAAGGUUUAACAUGUUUAGAGGAAACUUCUAGCAACAGAAAAAGAACUCUGAGAAGUUUGUUCUGACUGGAUCAAAUCCAAGCUUUCACAAAAACUCGAAGAUGUCUGAAGCAAAGAAGCAAAGAGCAAAGGAUAUGAGCACAAGCAGCACAGCUGUCAGACCUUCUGCUUGGAUUAUGGGUACUACUGCCAGUGCAGGGUCCCAGCCUGCGUUGGUGGCACCUACGCACCAAACCGGUCACCAGGGUAACAGCAUGGCUGAAGACAGGAGCUCGCUGAGCAGCGGCUCCCUGCAGGGCCUGAACAUUCCUAACAGCAAGGCCAAGUCCAUCAUCACCAACAAGGUGGCCCCUGUGGUCAUCACGUAUAACUGUAGGGAGGAGUUUCAGAUUCAUGACAGUGUCUUGUCAGCCAACUAUACAGUGGGAAAAAUAUCUGAUACAAUGCCGGAGCAUUAUCUAGUGCUGGGGGAGUUUUUCAUGGUUCAGGAUGUGAGCAGUAGAGCAGAUGUCUUAAACACUACAGGAAGCUACGGGGCCCCUAACUUCCGCAAGGCCAAGGGAAGCUACCCUCUUUAUGGUAUGGGCCAGCCCAGCCUAAAUGGCUUUAAACAAGUCCUCCAGAAGCUGGAGAGUGAGGCUUAUGAGGAGGUAAUAUUCUUCUGUGUGCGGGAAGAGCCGAUUGUCUUCCUCCGUCUGGAUAAAGACUUUGUUUCAUACACUCCCAGGAGGAAAGAGAACCUCCAUGAGAACUUACACCACCUGAAAGGAGGGCUCAGAGCAGAGCAGCUGGAGCUUUCCAUCAGGAAAGAGUUGUGUGACUUUGCUAAGCUCAGUGAAAACAGCUUCUACGUUUAUAAUAACAUUGAGCACUUUAAAGAUGAGCCACAACAUGUCAGGAUCAGGUCUGAGGAGGACAUACAUGUGACUGAGGAGGUCUACAAAAGACCACUCUUCAGUUUGCCUUCUCACAGAUAUUACAGACUGCCACUUCCUGUAGAGGGGGCACCAAUGGAAGAAGAUUUUGUUGCCUUUAUAAAUGUGCUCAGGGAAAGCCCUGGUCUGUCUGUGUUGAGAGAUGGCUCAAGGCCUUUGCCUGCACUGCUCUUCAGCUGCCAGGAGGGGGUGGGAAGAACCAACCUCGGCCUGAUUCUGGGUGCAUUGGUCUUAUACCACCUGCAGGGGGCAGCAUGUACCUCCAGGGAAGAAGACACACAGGUCAAUCACCAGCCAGAGUUCCAAGUAAUUCAGAACCUGAUCAGUCGCCUUCCCAAAGGUCAACAAGUGCUUGACGAGGUUGAUAGAGCUAUCGAAAUAUGUUCAGAAAUGCACAACAUCAAAGAUGCAAUAUAUGAAAAUAAGAGAAAACUGGACGGUAUUGCUGAGGAUUAUCAGAUACAAGGAAGCAGCACAAAGGGUUAUUUCCUGCAAAGAACACUACAGAGCCUUGAGCGUUAUUUCUACUUGAUAGUGUUUAAUGCUUACCUUCAUGAUCAGUAUCCGCAGCUGUUUGCCCAGAGUUUCAGUCAGUGGAUGUGCAUGAAUGCAUGGAUCUACAGGCUGCUGGGCAGUAUGGACCGUUCUGAGCUCUCAACUCCUGCCAGCCUCGUGACUGAUGGAUCCAGGAUACUGGUUUCUAGUGAGUAUUUGGCCCCAGACCUGCUUGGUACAGCCAAGGAAAUGAGAGUGUCCAACUUUAGACGAGUUCUCAAGAUGGCUGUGUACGGCAUGGCACAGCCAAGCUCUGAGGCUGUGUCUGUGGUGUUAUCUUACCUAAUGGAUGAGAGACGGAAGCACUCGAGCAUGCUGUGGGUCAAUCUGCAGGAGGAGCUGGUCUUGGAAGGAAAUGGACUGAUGUUCACUCCUCGAGAGCCAAUCUGUGUGGAGCAGCAAAUCCCAGUGUGUGUGCAGAACAUGCAACAACUUGAGGUGCUGGAGCUGGCAUUAAAGGAGGAGAUUCUGAGGUGUGAGAAGUGGCUUGAGGUUACUACAGAGCAGGAGAAGCAGAUGAGGAUGCUGAAAAGCUGCCGCACUCUUCAGGAGCUUUUUGCCCAGCAGAAGAACCUCCAUCCUGGUCUCACUUACCAUCGCAUUCCAUUAUCUGACUGCUGUGCUCCAAAGGAAGAGGUAUUUGAUCAGCUUUUGGAAGCUAUGAAGUCUACUCUUGCUGAGGACCCUGGCUCUGCGUUCAUCUUCAACUGCAGUGAUGGGAAAGACCGAACCACAACUGCAAUGGUCAUUGCCACUCUUACUCUGUGGCACUUCAAUGGCUUUCCUGAGUGUGGAGAUGAGGAAAUUGUAAGUGUCCCAGAUGCAAAGUACACCAAGGGUGAAUUUGAGGUGGUGAUGCAGGUGGUCAGGGUGCUACCUAAUGGCUACCGUAUAAAGCGAGAAGUGGAUGUGGCUCUAGACAUUGUCAGUGAGACAAUGACUCCCAUGCAUUACCACCUGCGGGAGAUCAUUAUAUGCUCAUAUAAACAGAUCAAAACAGCUAAGUCAGAGGCUGAAUCUCAGCAGUUACGACUGAGGAGUCUACAGUACCUGGAGCGCUACAUUUACCUCAUCCUGUUCAACAGCUACCUCCACCUGGAAAAGAAAGACUCCUGGAGAAGGCCCUUCAGCCUGUGGAUGCACCAGGUGGCAGCCAGAGCUGGUAUCUACGCCACCCUCAACCAGCUGGGUUUCCCUGAGUUUGAAGCUCAGAAGCACUCUCCACUGGCCAGUCUACGUUACCGCUGGCAACAACGGAGCGCUCAUUCACUGCCUAUCCGUGGAGACUUCAUUUAAAGGAACACUAGUUUUUGACAGAUAACAGAGAACUGGGCUAAUUGACUAUAUAUGACAUCAAUUUGUGUUAUUCACAAUUCUAUUUUCUGAACCCCUCAAACUGAAAUAAAUUUACAACAUUCUUUAAA